AUGGCAGAGCCACCAUCAUACACCAAAGACGAUGUCUCUAAACACAACUCCCUGGAUGACUUGUGGGUCAUUAUUGAUGGAGAAAUAUACAAUCUAACAGAGUUCCGAGCAGAGCAUCCAGGAGGGGCGAGGAUGCUCCAAACCAUGGCAGGAAAAAAUGCCUCGAAGAAGUUCCACAAAUACCAUCGUUCUGCAAUUCUAUCUAGAUAUUAUGCACUGCGGGUUGGAAUGGUAGUUUUGAAACCCAAUCGGAAAUGGACACUUUUCAGCUCUUCGUUCUGUAUGACUAUGUUCUGA